AUGGUGCCGAGUAUACUGUACAUAAUUUUGAAAGUGAAAAGCACCAGAUCCCGAAUCAAGUUGAUUCUACCGCACUAUAACUCCUUGUGCCAAGUGUGGAAGUAUACUAUUGUCUUACGGCGGAAUAACGAGAUUCGUGAGUUGCUGGACGACUUGCGGAACGAUUGGUUAAAUGGCACGGAAGAGGAUCAAAUGAUUUACAAAACCAGAGCCACCAUCGGACACAGAUUGGUAAUAUCUUUCAUGAUAUUUCUGUACUGCAGCGGUGCGGGUGUCCGAGCCCUGGCUCCAAUUCUAAGAGGAAAGACCGUUCUACCAGAUAACACAACGUUAAGACAUCUACCGUGUCCAGGUUACUUUUUUUUCAACGACCAAAUCAGUCCCAAUUAUGAGAUAAUUUUUUUCGUACAAGUGUUCUGCGGGUUCAUCAAUUACACGACAUUAUCUGGUACUCUCGGGCUGUGCACCACGCUUUGUCUACACAUGAGCAGCAUGCUGAGAAUCUUAGGAAAUAAAAUGAACCAACUUACGAAUUUAUCCAAAACGGAUGAAAAAAUUGUACAAAAGAAAAUCGCGGACAUUGUUGAGUAUCACACACAAUUCAAAGAAUAUUUUAAUCGCUCUGAAUACGUUACAUCGCCUAUUUACUUUUUGGAUCUUGCCGGCGCAAUGUCAGUAAUGGUUAUAGUCGGAUAUAUCAUGAUCAUGGAAUGGGAAAAUAGCAAUACCGCAGGUAUAGUAACGUACUUUACAUUGCAAAUAGCAUUGGUUAUCAUCCUGUUCACGAAUUGCUACAUUAGUCAACUUCUUAUCGAUGAGGGCAAUGCGGUUAAAAAUAUAUCUAAUACAUUAGAUUGGUAUCAGCUGUCUGUGAAAAACGCACGCUCUUUGAUCUUAAUCAUUAUCAUGUCGAAUAAUCCAAUGAAAGUCACAGUAGCAAAUAUGAUACAAUUGUCUCUAGUUACGUUCACUGAUGUGGGUACUAGCAAUACUGAUGUCUACAAAAGUCUUCGAAAAGAAUGUUUUAUGAUCAAAACAUCUGCAUUUAAUUAUUCCAAAUCUCCCCGACUGUGCGCGUAUCGCUACUCGGCGACGAUUGUGAAACAGCGCGAAAAAAUUUGUUCGGAGAAACUAAAACUUGGUUUUAAAAAAACUUAA